AUGACAUCCUUGAAUAACCAAAGAAAAAUUGAAGAGCUUGAAGCACAACUCAAUGAGGCGGAGGAUGUUAUAACAGAUCUUAGGGCAGAGCUGAAACAGGUUUGGCUUGAGUUAGAGAAAACAAAGAAUAGUCGAAAUCAGUUACAGAUUAAAGAGCAAGUGGCAUCCGUUGAGUCAGAGAAAACAAUGAAUACUCAGAAUCAGUUACUCGAAGAACAAAUUAAAAAACUAGCAGCGUCUGUUGAGGAGAAUGCUAAACAAGACGUGACAUUACCCGUUCCUAUCCAAGGACAUGAAUAUGCAACACCUUGUGAUGUGAAGAAUGCGCCCUUGAAUCAGAAUGUUCUAGAUGAUAAGUGCUGUAAUGCAAGGAAACAAACUGAGCUUUGCUGCAUCUCUAAUUUGGAGGACUAUUGUGCUCAUAAUUCUAACCUUGCUUCCAUCAUUAUGAGGGGCAAAGAACCUGAACUGUACAAAAAUGGAUUGGGUUUGCCAUCAGACAGUGACAAGGAAGUUGCAAAAUAUAGUACCCUAUCCUCCAGUAACAAGAAAAGGAAAAUAACGAAGCACGUGAAGCGGCAUGGAAUACAAAAGGGAAAGACUUUUUCCUAUCUCAGGUCAUGCUUUAUUCCCUGUUGUAAAGGACACAUUGACGAAGACUACAAAUCUGAUAAAGUUGCUUGCUCUCUACCAUCUAUCAAGUCUUGUACCAUUAACAAAUCAAGAAGAACAAGAAGAUGUAGGCCUGUAAGAAAGAAAUCUUCCGUUCAUGAGUGUUGUAAACCAUCAUUUACUCUCAAGCAGUUCUCAUCUGUCUCAAAUAAUGACAAAUGUUGUGAAGAUGAAGAUGAGAGGAAGCCAGUGCCCCAUUUGACUGACAUGGAACCUGUGAAUGAGUCCAGCAGUGAUAAACCGAAUAUCAGGAUGGUUGGUAAGUUUGAAUUCGUGCAGGAGACUGCAGAGAGGGAUAAGGAGUCAUUAGAUGCAUGCAUUCUGGAGAAUGUGGCUGGGGACAGUGAAAUGAUAUUAGCUGAUCGAAGUGGUAACAUGGAAGCAGAGGUUACUGAUGUUUCAUGUACAAAUACUGAUUUGGAAGAUGCAAAAGCAUUUGAAGAAAAUAAUGAAUCUUCUGGUCAAGCAGAUGACAGAAAGCUUCUUAGGUACACCUUCUGUAGGAAACGAAAAAAGGAAUCCUUAGACAACCCUGAAGAAAAACAAAAUUCUGAGAAGAGCACAAUGAAGAGGAGGGUGGACGAGAAACAACAUGGUGCUUCUGAACCACAGAAAUCUAGCUUGAUGGAUGAAUCUUCAAGAGAUAGUCGGCGCCUUGCUCAGGUUGCUCGCCAGCUUAUAUCUUUGUCUGCAAAAAGGUGGUGAUUUAAAUGAGGAUGCUUGAGAUUGCAAGAGUCAAUUGCAAGUUUACAACAGACGUUAAACAGCCUCUUCUUGAAGUUGCCUCGUGUUCUUUCAGGACAUCAAAUACACGCAUCUGGUGGCAUCAAGGCGACACAUAAUAGAGUCUUACAGAUAUCUUGUAGGUUUAUCGUCUUUUUACCAGCUAUACACUUUGGCCAUCACAAUUUUUUCCUUCAAGUAUUGCUGUACUUA